AUGGUUCAGGAGGCUGUGGGCAUCGACGUGGACAAGCCAUGGCUGUUCUCCUGCAAGGUCGCCUUGAGUGUGAUGACCAAGACCUUUGCCACAGUGAGCCACGGAUUGAUGGCUGUGAAAUGGAUCUUGGCUGGGGAGCCAGCUAGUUCUGCUUUAGUCGCCUGUUUCGUGCUGGUAGCCGUGAACACGCAGAUGCUGGUGACCGUUGCGCAAGUCGCGCAUUUGCGGGAUGUGCUGCUUAAGCUAGGUACCAGCAAACGGGUCCGCGUCGCCUUCCUCGGUAUUGGAAGCUUGCUAGAGGUGGGUGCCGGGAGGACCUGUGUGGCGGUGAACUUGGCGGCCACUGUGUGCUUGGUUGCUCAUUUGCACGAGCGACUGGUGCAGUUGCUGCCGUGGCUAGUCACGGCUUUCGGCACGUUGAUGUGGGCAAACUCGACAUUUCUUGGUGUGGGCGUCUCAGAAUGGAAGGAUAUUAAGUCAUUUGCCAAUGAUGAUUGCGAAGUGGUGCCCGCAGCAGAAUUCUUGGCAAAGCUUGGUGCAGAAGGUGAAAGUGAGGGUCAAUGUACCUUCAGCCAGACUUUCUGCGGCCUUCACAAGGAAGAUAAGAUGCUCUUGCAGAGCCAGCCCUUGCUACUACAACAUGCCUUUCCUGAGCAUCCGAAAGUUCGGCUCCUCCACAACCUGAUGAUGGCUGUGUUCAGCCUGUUCUGCUUUGCUGUGCCGGCGUCCCUAUUGGGACUCUGCAUGGCGCAGGUGCCUCUGCUGCAGGACAUGGAGCUGGCCCACAGUUCCCUACACCCGCCGUUUAAGCCUGAUGUUUCAGAUUAUUUCAUUCGCCUGGAGGAUGGGUGGAUGGAGGGAAUUUCUAUGAGCUUCCAGCUAGGCGUUGGCAAGGCCUCCUCCUUCGCAUUCUGCUGCGUGUCAGGCUGCAAAGCUGUCGAAGGCACCGAGCACGGUGAUUCAGUCUUGCUGAAGGCCUACAUGUCAAAGGAGGACAUCGGUACAUGUCAGCUGAAGCUCUUUGGUCUGCGCUUCCACCAGCACGAAUUCACGGCUCUGGCCUUGCAAGGACUGGAGAUCGAGAGCCAUUUGGGAGGAGAGAGUGGGUCCUUUGAGCCCUUUGGUGCAGGCUGGCGGGUCUACUCGACCUCCUUCGUGUCAGAGUCAUCCGCGCCUCUGUCACUGCAUGUUGCGCCGAAGUUGGGGACCAAGAAUGUGCAGGUGGCCUACACCUCUUCGUGGUGCGCUAACUCCACCUGCCAUGAUGAGCCAUACAGCGCCGUCAACGGGAGCAUAGACAUCAAAAAGGUCACCGAGGUGGGAAGCUUCAACCUGACCGUGCAAAUUACCCUGUCCCCGUCUUCUUCGGAGCCAGCACUGAGCAGUGUCUACCAAGUCUCUGUGAUCAUAGUGGACCUGAAGCUGAAGCUUGAAGAGCUGGCAUUGAAAAUGUCGGAGCUCGAGGCAAAAGUCGAUUCCUUGGCAGAUUUCGAUUCUGCCGACGAGGCUACGAAACUAGAAUUGCAGAAUGCUACCGAUGAGAGAAACCAGUAUUUGGUUGCGGCGAAGCGGCUGCAAACCGCGAAAGUGAAGUUUGAGUUCAUGAAUACUCCCCUGACUUUCCUAACAGUGGGUCUGACGGGGGCCGGCAAGUCAGAGCUAUGCACAUGGAUGACAGGGAACCUUGAGGAGUGCAACCCAAGCGGGACUAUGCGAUCCAACACUAGCAAGGUCAAGGAGGUGAAGGCCCAUCCUUUCGAUGAUAUUCUCAUGAAGCCAGAUCUCAACUGGAUCGACACCCCGGGGAGGGGAGACACUCGUGGCGAAGGUAACGACUCUGCCAUGUGGGACGAGACCAUGUCGUAUUUGAUCAGCAGAUCGGGACAUAGUUCCGUGGACCGGAUCGUUUGGGUCAUCAAUGCAGCAUGGCAGCGCGCCACAGCAGGCAGGAAGCUGGUUCUUCACGAGUUGCGGAAAUCCUUCGGGAUCUACUUGUAUCGCAACCUCGACUUGGUCUUCAACUUCCUGUUCCUACAUUAUGAUUCUGAAAUCUUGUGGCCUCAGCGCCAGAAGUUCAUUGAUUGGAUUCAAGAGCAAGAGUUCGAACUCUUCAAUUGGAGCAAUAGCAGCAAAACUUGGCGUGGAGUGCAGGAAGAGAUCAACCGAACUGGGUUUUAUGGAGUCAGCAUCCACCCGCGAUACAUGAAGACACUGAAGGAGGAGAUUCCUGCAGAUUUACGCCUGUCAUCGCCCUAUCUUUACAGAUUCCGUCCCUUCUCGCACCCUGCAGGGAUUCGCGAACUGCUAAGGCUGUACAAAACAGCAAGGCAACUUCGAAAGAAGAAGGUGCCGGGUAUCAAGCUAAGCAACAAGCAUCCUCCGAUUGGUCCGGGAGUGCUGCAGGGUAUGGACGCUUCGUCGUACACGUGUGGGUUGCUGCCCGAUCCUGUUGAUUACACACGGAUGGUAUUGGGGAUCUCGACGGUGAACGUGAGGUUGACUGGCAAGUUCUUCUCCGAAGAUGACAGGGCGGCUCUUGUCCCCAUUGCGCAGGAAUGUGGAGAGCCUGCCAGUGGCGAGGGCUCUCGAUGGAUACGCGCGACCGGAGAGCCAGCAGCAGGGUCAGUGCAAGAGACGAGUGAGGGUGAUGUUGCAGAGUACAGGGUCCCCAACUUUUGGCCUUCGAAUCCCUUGAAGGUUUGUUUUUGCGAGGCGCCCCGAUGCGUGGAGCCUUGGCGCUUUGGCCAAACAGCCCCGCAGACUCUGCCAGCGCCAGAAAUGUCGAAGUCGUGCUCAAGCGCGGCUUAUGUCAAAGACGUCGACGUGGCUAGACAGGGGGAGCUGCCGAGUUGGGCUAGUUGGUCGCGGGUGGGGAAUCAACUUUUUGCCAUCCCGUGGCACUACAACGACGUGCUGGUUAUGGAUUUGGACACCGAGAACGUUUCAUUCAUUCCAACCUCGUUCCCGCGUAAAGUUCCUCACAACACACUAACGGGUUUGGGGCUAUCGGCAGCUGUUGUGAAGGAGUGCAUUUAUGCAGCCCCCGUGCUCAGUGCUGCAGACGCAUUGCUGAUUGUGAACACCAGCUCUCGCCAGACCGACUUCUUCCCUGUAUCUCGGUUCUGUUAUCGAGGUGAGCUUUGCAGGUUCUCCAGCAUUGUUGCUGUGGGAACAGUCCUACACCUUCUUCCUAAUUCGCCGUUUGGAAGCUUGGUCAGGAUGAAUGUCGGGAGAGACCCUCUCGCUGUUUUGACUAGCGUUCCAAUCCCAGCCAGCAUAAAGGGCUGCAUGUUGCCAAGCACGUUCGCUGCAAAUGACGUCUCAUUCAUGUGGCUGGGGAUGACUGCUGUCAAUGACACUUUGUAUGCAGCACCUUUCGAUGCCGAGUGCUUGCUCAUAUACCAUGCAGGGAAUCAGUCUUUCGAGGGCAUUGAUACCAGUACGGUAGGGACAGGAGCCAUGAAAUGGGCACAGCUCUUGGAAGCCAAUGGUCGCCUAUAUGCAGCGCCUGGUCGCGGACGGACAACAAUGCCGAUCCUAGUAGUAGAUCUCGCCACCAGGCAACCUAGAGGCGUUCCAGCCUCAUCCAGUGCGGGUUGGCCGAGCAUUGCCCGCCAUGGCCACCAAAUUUACGUGGUCUCGUGCAAGAUCGCGGUCCUUGACUUGGAAGCUGAUUCCUCGGUACGGUACUUUCGGGUUGCAGAAGAGGGUGCCUCCUACUGCUUUACAGAUGCGAUCGUAGCAAACCAGAGGCUGUAUCUUCUUCCAGAUGUGGCCAACAGGAUUUCUGUGCUGGACUUCAAGCCCCGACCUGUCCAGCUUUCUCACAACAACACUGCACUGCGACCGGACUGA